AUGCGUUGGGGGCUGCUGGAUGGAGGGGGCUGCUCGGGUAAAAAUUUAGUGUCUACAAAUGGAUACAUUUCACAAUGGGGCCAAUUUACUGCACAGAUUGAGCCUAUUGCAUCUGCUGUGCCUUAUAUGCUUGCAAGUGGUAACCAUGAACGUGACUGGCCUGGAACUGGAUCCUUGUAUGAGAACAAUGAUUCUGGAGGAGAAUGUGGUGUGUUGGCUGAAAUUAUGUUUUUUGUUCCUGCUGAGAAUAAAGUUAAGUACUGGUACUCCACUGACUAUGGCAUGUUCCGAUUCUGCAUAGCGGACUCGGAACAUGAUUGGAGGGAGGGAACUGAGCAAUACAAGUUCAUCGAACAUUGCCUCACAUCAGUUGACAGACAAAGGCAACCAUGGCUGAUCUUUCUUUCACAUAGGGUUCUUGUCUAUUCUUCUGACCUCAGUUAUGCUGUUCAAGGAUCAUUUGGAGAACCAAUGGCAAAGGAAAGCCUUCAAAAACUCUGGCAGAAGUACAAGGUCGACAUUGCCAUCUACGGCCAUGUGCAUAAUUACGAAAGGGCAUGUCCCAUAUGCGAGAAUCAAUGCACUGCUGAUGAAAAACGGUACUAUAAAGGCUCGCUGAAGGGAAUGAUACACGUGGUUGCGGGUGUGGGAGGAGCAAGCCUUUCACCAUUCACCACUCUGAAGACCAAAUGGAGCUUAUAUAGAGAUUGUGAUUAUGGAUUCGUUAAACUUACAGCGUUCGAUCAUUCGAACUUGCUGUUCGAAUACAAGAAGAGCAGUGACAGGAAGGUUCAUGAUUCUUUCAGAAAAUCCCGGGAUUAUCGAGACAUCUUAACCUGCACUGUGGAUAGUUGCCCUGCUACAACACUAGCAUCUUGAAGAUAG